AUGAAGGAGGGGCUUGCUGCCGCGCCCAUCAGGGCGCCGGCGCCGCCACGGGUGGGACUGGUGACCGCGGCGCCGCCAGGCAGCCACGCCGCCGCGCCGCCGCGCGAGGCAGGGUGGAGGGGGGCGGCAUUCCUGUCGGCCGCAAGCCGCGCGGGCGGCGCGCUCGCGGGCGCAGUGCUUGCGCCUGCACGCGCGGCAGGGGCCGCCGUUGGCGCGGCGGCCAGCGGAUGGGGCUUGGGCUUGGGCCACGCGGCGGCCGCCGCGGUGCCGGUGGGCAUCCGGAUGGCGAGCCCCCAAGAGCAGCGCCAGGAGAGCAGCUCCCAGAAGGCGACCGGCGGCGAAGCCGGGGCCGGCAAGGGGCUGAGGGGGGCCACGGGCUUCACAGCGGAUAAGCUGGUGCCUAGAACAGACAAAGACGCGGCGCCCGAGCAGGCGCCGGGGCCCGCAGGCCGCGGUAGCUUUGUGGCGUACCGCUCAGACGGCGCGGCGGACGGCGCGGCGGCCGGCGCUGCGGGGGCGCGUGAGGCCGCGAUUGCGCGCGACCGGCCCUCCGCGGCCGCCGCGGCGGUCAGGGCGGCUGCGGCCGCGGCGCGCGCGCUGGCCGCGCCGCUGGUGUGGUGGGUGGCCCUUCAGGUGUCGGUCCUGCAGAGCGGCGUGCGCACCGCGGGCUGGCUCAUCUCCGCCGCCGUCUGGUGGGCGCUGCUGCCAGCGCGCGCCGCGCUCUGGGCCGCCGCGGCGCCCACGCGGCUUGCAUGGCACGCGCUCGGCGGGAGCAAGCCGCAGGGGAGGCCUGUGCAGGCCGGUUGA